GUCCUGUCUCAGAAACGACCUGUACUUCCACACCCGGCAUGCGGCGGUCAGUCCUAGUCAGGAACCCGGGCCACAAGGGCAUGAGGCCCUUCUAUGGAGAGCUUGACUCUGACUCCGAAGACCGGGACCUGAAGCCUGAAGAUCUGGACCCAGUUUCUGAAGAUGCAGACCCAGAUCGAGAAGACCUCAAUGCUGUCUCUGAAGAUAUGGACCCUGGCUCUGAGAAUCUGGAGCCCAUCUCUGAGGAUCUGGACCCCAGCACCCAAGCGCCAGGCUCCAUCUUGGGGAACCCAGACUCCGACCCCCAAGAUCUGGACCCCAUGUCAUCAAGUUUCGAUCUCGAUCCAGAUGUCAUUGGCCCUGUACCCCUGGUCCUCGACCCCGACAGCGAAGCCCUCAGCCCUGCCACGGCAGAUGUGGACCCCCUCUCCUCCAGCGUCACUGCCACUCCUGAGAUCCUGGCCACCAGCCCCGCGGUGCUCCCUGCCCCAGCCAGCCCGCCCCGGCCCUUCUCCUGCCCUGAUUGUGGCCGCGCCUUCCGCCGCAGCUCAGGGCUGAGCCAGCACCGCCGCACCCACAGCGGCGAGAAGCCCUACCGCUGCCCCGACUGCGGCAAGUCCUUCAGCCACGGCGCCACGCUGGCGCAGCACCGCGGCAUCCACACGGGCGCGCGACCUUACCAAUGCGCAGCCUGUGGCAAGGCCUUUGGCUGGCGCUCCACGCUACUCAAGCACCGCAGCAGCCACAGCGGGGAGAAGCCACACCACUGCCCCGUGUGCGGCAAGGCCUUCGGCCACGGUUCGCUGCUGGCGCAGCACCUGCGCACGCACGGCGGCCCGCGGCCUCACAAAUGCCCUGUGUGCGCCAAAGGCUUCGGCCAGGGCUCAGCGCUGCUCAAGCAUCUGCGCACGCACACGGGCGAGCGGCCCUACCCGUGCCCGCAGUGCGGCAAGGCCUUCGGGCAGAGCUCAGCGCUGCUGCAGCACCAGCGCACGCACACGGCGGAGCGCCCCUACCGCUGUCCGCACUGCGGCAAGGCGUUUGGGCAGAGCUCCAACUUGCAGCACCACCUGCGAAUCCACACCGGCGAGCGGCCCUAUGCUUGCCCGCACUGCUCCAAGGCCUUCGGGCAGAGCUCGGCGCUGCUGCAGCACCUCCACGUGCAUUCCGGGGAGCGCCCCUACCGCUGCCAGCUGUGCGGUAAGGCAUUUGGCCAGGCCUCCAGCCUCACCAAGCACAAGCGGGUGCACGAGGGCGCAGCUGCCGCCGCCGCCGCCGCUGCCGCCGCCGCCGCUGCUGCCGCUGCUGCCGCGAGUUUGAGCCUCGGGGCUGGCCUGAGCUCUGCACCCAUGGUGAGGCCCCGGAAGGUCUCUUUCCUGGGUCCAGAUGCCGUCUCUGUGCUGGGCUCUGGCCUGGGCCUCAGCCCUGGCCCCAGUUCCGGCUGCGACCCUGAUCCUGGCUCCCCUUCCGAUCCCAACCCCAAACUCCUCACUGGUUCCGGAUCCACCCUCAGUCCUGAUUCGGAUGAAUCCUGUCACCCUAAGCCUGAUCACAGUGCUGACCCUGACCUUGUGCCCAGCCCUGACCAGGAGUCUGAUCCCGGCCCUGACCCAGUGCCCAGCCCAGAUCUCAACGAGACCCAGUCAGACCCCUGCUCUCCCACCCACGCCACUGUCAGCCCAGCCCUCCCUGCUGGUGAGAGUCCCGCGUGGGUCGAGGAGCAAGGGGCACUGCUGGGGCCUGAUGGCUGAAGGGGACACCAUGGGGCAUCUGCGGGGGGCCUGGGGAAAUUGUGUGUUGUGCACUUAUUAAAACUC